AUGGUUCCUCCCCUUGAGGAGCCUCCGAUUGCUCAACACAUCAAUUUUACUCGGCCAUAUCCAUCCUCUCCCCCAUCGUGUGAUGAGAGCUAUGGUAGAGCAUCAGCGGAGAGCCCCCGGCCUGGAAGUGGUAAUUCGAUGCUUCAUGCCCAGAUUCGCCACCUACAGAAGCAUCUAGAACACCGAGCGGAAGAAAACACUCAGCUACGGCGGCAGUUAGAAGCCCGAGAGAACAUGGAUAUCGGUAAGCUGUGCGAGCAGCUUAGGGCGGCAAGACGCGAGUCCAAAAUGUGGAGAGAAAGAGCAGAAGCAGCGGAGAAGCGAGUCGCUGUCUUUAAGCAAUUUACAGCGCGUGUUCGAGGGCUUCGCGAGACUGUUAGUAUCGAAGACACUGAGGGUGAUAUACUCGGUGGAGGACAAGUUGAUGGGCCAAGUCAACGCGGUGAUGAACGGAAAGAAUGGUGCAACCCAUGCUACUUGGAAGUGACUGAAGAGCGGGAGGGGAUUGAAGAACGAAUACGCCAAUAUGAAGAAGCAAGCUGGCCCGGAAAUUAA